CUGGAUAGCAUCACAAUGAAAUCAAUUGAAUCAAAACUUAUUCAGGAAGACGACGGCAGUUUAAUGUCCCCUGCAAGCAUGUCGAAAGUCAAAGAAUGUUCAGAGUGGGCCGAAAAAAGACAGGAUAUGGUGGGAGGCACGCCUUUCGGAACAAACAAUGCAUGUGUUCAUGAAGCCAUGGAAAAUAUGAGGUCUCGCUGUAAAGAUAUCAGAAAAGAAGAGUCUCAGUACAGAGAUUUCUUGAACAGCCAGGACUCGAAAAUUGCUGAAAUUAGAGAAGCAACUCGUGCUUUUGACAGCUUAGAUGCACUAAUGGCGAAACAGACAGCAUGCUUGGAAGUUAUUUCGCAAAUCACAACAUUGGAAGACACAGUACAGAACACGGCUCUGGCCAUCGAUACCAAGAGUGUCCACCUGGUGAACUCUGGAGUACAGAAUCAUGUACAAGAAGCUCCUAACUAUGGAAAUAAUUGCCGUCUUAUGGCAGCAGCUAAGAACUGUAACCUAGCAGUUCGUAAUAAUUGGCGAUGGAUUGGACAGAUGUUGCAAUGUGCUCAAGUUCACUUCCAUAAAGCUGCUGAUUUCCAUCAGUUUUUCCACGAUGCUCAAGAGGCUGAGUACUGGAUGAAGAACACACUCUCUACAGUACAUUUGAGUUUCGACCGUUCGAAACUACAAGGGGACAUGGCUGAUGUGCAGUCCAUCAAGGAUGAAAUAAAGGAAGUACUGUUAGCCUACACCCAGUGGCAAGGAAAAAUAGAUUCCUUGUUCGACAGGGCCAAGAAUAUCGUUCCAGUUUCUCAGAGAUUGAAGCCUAUUGAGGAGCCAUGUGUUAUCACUGCAUUAGCUGACUACAGAACAAGCGAUAUUGAAUUCACUGAAGGAGAGUCUUUGACACUAUUGAACAAUUCUGACAAAAAAAUAUGGAAGGUGUCGAAUACUCGUGGACAAACUGCACUGGUGCCCGCUGUUCUGUUGCUGAUACCUGGUCCAUACCCUGAAGCCCUCGAUGUUGCAAUCAAAAUGAGGGUCCAACUGUUAGCACUAUGGACAGCCAGUGUAAAGAGACUUGGCUAUCAACUGAUAGCUUUCAUGCUGCUGGUCGUAAAAGAUUACAGCGAAGACGAGAUACAACAGUUUACCAGGCUAUCGAGUAGUCAACAAAAAGAACUUAUCUGCCUUCUGAAGUAUAUCGAAGAAACCCUGAUGCCAAAUUGGAAUGGAUACAAGGAUUUUGGAGAGCUUCAAGAAAGAAUGGCUCGUAUAAGGUUUAUACUCGAAGAGAAAAAUGGCACAGUCAAGUCGAUUUCAGAUGGUAGCCAGCAAUCAGUUGUCAUUCAGUUCAAUGCAUUGAAAGAUCUUCUUGGCAAAUACGGAGACUUCUGGGCUUACUGGGAGACGUACAAGGUAAUUGUAGAGCUUCUCAAGCAACCGAAAUUUGUGUUGGUUUGUGAUAAGUGGGAGCAACUGCGGUUUGUGACAACAGCACAUUUCGUUAGAUUUUGGGACACCAACCUGGAUGUUGAUACUGUUGGUAAGGUUGAUCAAAUUGAACAAACUGUCGUAAACAAAAGUCUUGCCCUCCAUGAAACUCCAAGGGAGGAUAUGAUUUCUAGUGAUUACACUGUAUCUACUGAGAAAGAAGAGACAGAAACCGAGCAAGUGGUUACUUCUAUCGAGGAAGAAGAAAGAACAUUUUUCAUAAAAGACGUUGUCGAUCCUUUGUCAAAUAAUCUUAUAUCUUUCCAAGAAGCUAUUGUACGAGGAAUCAUUGAUCAAACAAACGCCCGUUAUGUUAAUCCUUACACAAGAGAAAGCAUGCCCAUCAGAGAAGCCAUGAAUUCAGGACUUGUGAAACUAGAGUGGACCACAAGAAAUAAAAUUCGGGAAGAGAAAAGAUCAUUUGGUUUGAUAACUAUCAAAACAACCAGAGAUAGCCGUCCGUACAACAUUAUGCAAGUCGUAGAUCCGUCCACCAACAAACCCAUUCCAACAUCAGAUGCCGUCAAGAAGGGUAUUCUUGAUAUUAAAAAUUCUGUGUAUGUAAAAGGCCCUGAUGAUACUAUUCCAAUUCCAGAAGCCAUUGACAUGGGGAAGGUCAUCAUCGAAUAUACUGGCAGUAAAGAUGCGAAACCCGAAGUUGUGACCAAAACAUAUGCAGUUCAUUCUAUUGUUGAUCAGAAAAAGAAAGACAGAGUGCCUUUCGCUGAGGCAAUCACCCAGGGAUUGUUUGAUAAACAAAAUGGUAUCUAUAUCCACAAUGUUAGUGGAGCCAGAAUACCUGUCGGUGAAGCUAUUGCCCAAGGUUUCAUUAAGGCUCGUUUGGUAACCGAUCCAAGCAAAUUAGACAUAAACCCAGAAAACACUGUUGUCAUUGAAAGAGUUCAGAAUGUGCGAGAUAAGAUUACAAAAGGCUUGAAGGUGGUUAAUGCCAUGAAGGCUGCCAUGAAAUAACUGAUUCCUGAAAAUUAUGAACCAACCUAUCCAGGAAGAGGGCCGGAUCGAAACAAAAGCCAAUUCAAUUGGAGUUUUGAAUUUAAUAAAACUGAACAUAUUUGAUAAAAUUUAGCAGUAAAUAAUUAUGACAUAUGCUUCCACUAAUAAAAAUUUAGCAGUAAAUGAUUAUAACACAUAAUACCAUUAAUUAAAAAUAUUAACAGUAAAGGUUGAUGGUACAUAUCCCUAAUACUCAUUUCGGCAUAUAUGUACACACACACAUACCCGCGUGCCUAUCAUAUUAGUGACAAAGAUAUUAGUUUAUUUCUCUUUAUACUUGUUUUGUGGUUCUAAAGUUUCUAAAAGUGUAUAUUUAAAGACAGGUUUCCUUCUUCUUUAUUAGUUUCACAUGUUUUGGGAGGGAUUUACUUGAAGGAAAUAGUUUAUUUUCCCUCCAUAUAUUAUAUUCUAAAGAACUGAGGUAAAAUAUUAAAGAGAUUUGUGGGUAUUUCAUUGUCUAAUUUACUCUGAUAGAACAUAUAUUUUUAUUAUACAUUUUUAUGCAAAAUUACAAGAUCUAGUUAUAUUUAAGUAAUGUCAAUGUAUAUAAGUUUCUGCAUAAUAUCCCGGGAUUUAUUACCUAUGAAAGAAAUUUAACGACGGUCUUGACAAAAAUUAUCAUCGGAUAUUGUUUUCUUUUGUCAAAGCGUGUAAAUUAAAAUAUAUCACCUCCUGCGACUAAUAUCCACUUCAGAAUAGUUUUCAAUUCAUUAGAUAUCGGCACGUUAAUUUUUUCGGGGCAUUUUAAACUAUUUUAAGACAUAAGUGUAUAUAUGUAUAUAUAUAUAUAUAUAAUAUAUAUAUAUAUAUAUAUAUAUAUAUAUAAUAUAUAUAUAUAUAUAUACAUACACAUACACAAAGAAAAAGUGGUUCUUUUAUUGUAUAUAGCUGACGUGUUUUGUCAUGGAGGGCGACUGAAAUUUUCUAUUACAAAUGAGGUUCUCUUACAGACUGUCUAUUAACAUAAUCAUAAACAUUUCAAUGAAUAUUAUUUAUUGUUCUUUUCUCAUGAAACCAUUAUUUGGGAAGAUAGAAAAUCUAUAAUUGGGUUCAGAUCAUCUUUAUAGUGCGUUUAAUAUGGGAUUAUUCUAUAAAUGUUUAUGGGUGAGAACUAAAUGAGGUGAUGUAAUAAUUAGCUUACAUUUUGUUUUAAUAGUUCGCCAUGUUGAAUGAUUAGAAAAAGUAUGUGGGAUAUAAAGAAUUUCCAUAGUUGUAAGUUAAUAAAGUCUGCGCUCUUUUGUCUUUGAACUUUCAUUGCUUCAAAUGAUAGCUAAAUCUCCAAAAGUCAACUGGGAAAUCUAUGCUACCAGGUAACUUGUGAUAUGUUUGUUAUGAUUUGCUCAAAAUAAAUCUAACUAGUGCUUAAAAAACAACUCUUUUCUAUUCGAUAGAUACAUUGAAAUACUAUUUGUAAGUAAUCUGUAGAAUCUUGGCACAAUCUACCACUCAUUCGAAUCGCUGCAUAUAUGAAUAUACACAUACAUACAUUUAUCAUAUUGUAAUUUCUUCGUUUUAUACGUUUAAAUUUUCUUAGACUGGUAAAUAUUUACACAUAUAUUUCAUCCUUCUAAGUUUCAUAAUUUCCACGUCAGCUUUACUGGCCAUAAACAAUUCUUUUUCUCCGAUAUUAUCUUCUAAAGCAUUGGAAAAUCCUUUAAGGUUAAAUUGUAGAUCAUGGUAAUUUAUUUAUAUACCCAGUUAAUACAAUUAUUUGCACUGCACUCUUUUUAAUGCAAAAAUACAAAUCUAGUUAUAUUUAUAUCUAUAGUUAUAUUUACGCCUAGUUAUACUUCUGUAUUUAAGUAAUUUUUCAGCAUUUAUUACUUCAAAUUAUUACCUCUGUUUAGAAAUCAGAAAAUUAAAGAUGAUAUUCACAGAAAUUAUAUCAUCGAAAUUUGUGUUGAGUGAGGUUUAGAGGGUAGGAAAUAUGUAACUUUAUUUGUUUAUCACGCCCUGAAACUGUAAAACAGUUCAAAAGUGUUCUUAAGACAAUAAGCAACCGCGCAUUAUUUUUCGGAAUAUUUUAAGUUACUUCAGUAUAUAUACAUACAUACAUACAUACAUACAUACAUACAUACAUACAUAUAUGCAUACAUACGUACAUACAUACAUACACGUACGUGUGUACGUAUGGUCGUACGUAUGUAUGUACGUAUGUAUUUAUGUGUGUAUGUGUGUCUCGUGUGUGUAUAUAUAUGUAUAUACACACGCGCACUCACACAUACAAGGCAAAACGGUUCUUUUAUUGUAUAUAGCUGGCAUAUUUUGUCAUGAAAAGCAACACAAAUUUUCGAAUACAAAUGAGAUUUUCUUAUAAACUAAUUAUUUACAUAACAAUAAACGUUCCGAUGUAUAUUAUUCAUUGUUCUUUUCCCAUGAAAAAGAAAUACUAUUUGAGAAGAAAUAUAACUUAUAACAUAUAGCAGAUAUGUUUAAUAUGGGAUUAUUCUAUAAAUGUUUAUGGGUGAGAACUAAGUGAGGUUAAGCAAUUAGUUUACCUUCUUGAAAAUGUCUGUGGGAUAUAAUGGGUUUGUUUCUCUAAUUGAAAGCAAAUAAAGUCUGCGCCCUUUUGUCUUUGAUCUUUCAUUACUUCAUAUGAUAGCUGAAUCGUUAAAAUCAAAGUGAAGAAGUUAUACUACUUAAGUACUUAUAUUUGUAAUGAUUUGCUCAAAAUAGCUAAAACGAGUACACAAAAACGAAAAUCCCUUUUCAGUCAAUGGUGUACUGUUUGCAAGGAAAUAAGCUAAUAAUUAUAUUGUAUAUUCAACGCGUAAUCUAAUACCAGAGCGAGCUAAAUUUGAAUUAAAUCAUACGUUCAUACAUGAUCAUAUAAACUAGGAGAUAAAUUAUGAGCAUUUCAUAUCUGAAUAUGUAAUUUAUAGCUAUCUUCAAAGGCAAAAAAGUGGCGCAGAUGAGUUUGAGAAAGUUUCGCUUAAUUAUCAUGCAAAGCAGAAAUCAAAGUUGCAAUAUUUAUAUUAUUAAUGAAACAGGGAGUAAAAGAAA